AUGACGUGGGAGGAAGCUGAAGCCCUCGCCCAUGAUCGAAAUCGAUGGAAGAUACUUGUUGCCCGUUAUGAGAAACAGAAAGCAAUACCUUGCAGUCGUCCUUUAGGUUUAAGGUUCGAUGCCAAAGGUACCUUAUACGUAGCCGAUGCUCAAUUAGGACUUCUACAAGUUGAUAUUAAGAAAGGAACAGUCACAACUCUCGUGAGCACUGGCGAAAAGGUAGAAGGAAAGGAACUAAUGAUUCCAGAUGAUGUAGAUGUGGAUGAAAACGGUGUUAUAUACUUUAGUCACGUGUCCACUAAAUGGAAAUGCGACACUUUCUUUUAUAGCAUGCUAGAACACGAAAAUACUGGCAGGUAUUUAUCGAUAGAAAGCUAUUUCGAUAGAAGUCACGGAAUGAUUGUGGAAUUUGAUGAAGAUGGAAAAAUAAUUAAUUCUCUUCACUCACCAGAUGGGAAAAGCUCGUUAUUUUCUGAAGUACUAGAGUAUAAUGGAUAUUUAUACGUUGGAUCGUACGUAAAUCCGGUUAUAAUUAAAGUAAAACAGACAUAAUAUUAUUCGAAGGUGAUGAAUGUCAUCCAGUUUGUUAUACCGUAAAAUCAUUGUUAGAAAAUAAAAUUGUUUUUAAAUUUUUCCAAUAUUA